AUGCCCCGGCCUGCCCCACAUGCCCCUGCCUGCCCCACAUGCCCCUGCUUGCCCCACAUGCCCCUGCUUGCCCCACAUGCCCCUGCUUGCCCCACAUGCCCCUGCCUGCCCAGCACGCCCAUGCCCCACAUGCAACAAGCCCUGGCGUCAUCCAUACAGAGAAGCAGCCGCACACGUCCGCACACCACAUCUUUCACCACCACACACGCACAUCAACCCCCCCGGCACUGCACACCGCUACACCCCUCCUCCCGCUAUCUCUCCACUCCGCCCCCCCACCUCCCUCUCCUUCCUGUGGCGGCGCAGGUCGCUGAGCGACAACCAACUGAACGGGUCCAUCCCGGACUCUAUCAGCAACCUCUCCAAACUCGUGCUGCUGUACGCCCCUGCUGUUUGCAACCUGCCUUGCCACACUGCCUCACCUCCCCACACCCCACCAUCCUACCUCCCCCCUACCCCACCAUCCUACCUCCCCACUACCCCACCAUCCUACCUCCCCACACCCCACCAUCCUACCUCCCCACUACCCCACCAUCCUACCUCCCCACUACCCCACCAUCCUACCUCCCCACUACCCCACCAUCCUACCUCCCCACUACCCCACCAUCCUACCUUCCUGCCAACCUGGAGCUGCAUCACAACAACCUCUCGGGCAUCCUACCCAACGCCCUGGGAGGCCUUGCCAACCUGGUAGUGCUCGACCUGGGGAACAACGAGCUGUCGGGCACCAUCCCAUCCGUUCUCGGCCAACUCACUGACCUCAUGAACAUCUCACUGCAUGUGAACCAUCUGACCGGCCCUCUCUCCCCCGAGCUCUUCAGGCUUCCAAAGCUGCAACGCCUGGACCUGAGUCACAACAUCCUUUCGGACUCCAUUCCAGACACCAUCAGCAACCUAGUCAGCCUCGAGUACCUGGAUCUAUCAGCCAAUGGGCUGUCAGGCAGCAUUCCAUCGGGGCUGGGAAAGCUCAAUCUGCUUGAGAACAUUGACCUGCGCACCAACAACAUAGAGGCAUCCAUACCAGCCACGCUCGGCAAUCUCAUGAACCUGCAAGUGCUGGAGGUGGAUCAGCCCGAGGUGUACUGUCUAUCAGGCGACGUGUACUGUGAGGUGCCUCAGAACGACUCCUCUCUCUUCUGCCGCAAGUGCUCCUCCUUCUGCACCUCCUGCCUCCCCGGCAUGAAACCCGGUAUGCUGCCCCACCCCUUCUUCUGCCCUCGUGCUGUAUAG